AUGUCAGAGGGCAGUGACAGUCAGAACAGGUCAGAGGAGCAGGUGAAUCUUAGUGAGGGCACUAGUCCCUCAAGCAGCUAUUAUGAUGGAAGCAGAAGCACACCAAGCAAUUUGCCUAAGGCUGCUACUAGGCAAAGGAAGAAGAAAACCUCAGAAUCUGAAGAUGAGGGUUUUGUUGUUGAUGAGGAAGUGACCUCAAAGAAGAAAGUGCUCAAGAAAGAGCAAGUUGCUGCUGCUGCCAUCAAGCCUGGUAUGCAUAAGAAAGCUCCUGCCAAGAGAAUCCCUAUGUCAAAAGCCAGAGCCUCCACUCAAGAAACCAUGGAGUUCACUCUUGAACCAAGAGAGGAAGAGGCUGCUGGAGGGAAGAAAAGAAAGGAAAGAGUCAAGAAGACUAUGGCCAGAGUCAUUGGCAGAUCAUCUAUGAUGAGAGAAUCAGAUGAAGAUGAGGAGGAGGAAGAGGCAGCUGCACCACCUCAAAAGUCUCAGAAGCUCAUGGGGGAUGCAAUAAAGUCUAGGGCUGCUCCAUCAAAGCCCAAGACAGCUCCCAAGCCUCCACCUCAAGAUCAUGCCUCCAAGUCUACUGCACCCAAGAGAUCCACCAGAAACAUCCCUGCUGCUGAGAAGAACAAGGCCCGGUCCCUGAAGUUAAAGAGGAUGAGGAGCAGCAAGUGCUCAAAACAUUGA